AUGCGCCCUCUCUCAGACAUUCGAGAACUUACUGAACCUAGUCUGGUCGAUCCUCUGGAGAAGAGACCAACAAUUAGCAUCCAUCGUCAACCUAGCACUAGUCGGCAAAGCUCGCUCAGAAGAGGCCCUUCACUGAAACAUGCUGGUUCGGUCAGGAUUAUUGAGCCAGUCGAAAGCUCCGGCUCGAGCUAUCGAGAAGAUUUGGUCGCAUCCGUGUCGACUAUCGACACACCGGAAAGCUUUCGAGACGAGUCGAGUCUAUACAGCAUACCCAUCUCGAGCAUACCCGCUCGACAAUCUUCAAUCACUCGCGAUCGUCCCAGACAUCACCGAAGCAUCACGUCCAGAUCGUCUCCUUCUCCUCUCCAACGAAAUGUCAGCCGAACCAUUCCAUAUCGCGGACAGACUCGUUCUCCAGUCAAGCAAAUUAGAGCUCGCUUGGAUGCUGUCGGGUCCGAUACUGCAAGACGAACACCCUCUGGUACCUUCAUUCGGAAUCCUGUCCCACGCGAUAUCCUCGAGUUCCCCACUCAUCGCCAUCCUCGUAUUGGAGUUGAUCUACAGAUCGCAGCCCCUUUGUUCGUUGGCGGAGGCACCGUCGAGGGUCUCGUCAGAGUCAUUGUUGAUGAGGCAGACAAGUCACGCAGUAAGAAGAGCCUAACACUUGGAAGGAUCGCGGUCGAUCUUGUUGGGACAGAGGAGACAUCGAGUAAUCGCAAGGCAAUCUUUCUGUCACUGGGAACGGAGCUGAUCGACUCAACCCAUCCACCACCUCACAACAUGGUGGAACCACAAGACUUUCCAGAUGCAGAUUGUUUCUGGUCUCUGAUACCUUCCUUCACCAGUCUACCAUUUGUUAUCAGCCUGCCACUGGAUACUGGGCCACCACCUUUUCACUCAAAACAUGCUCGCAUUCGGUUUGUACUUUGUGCCACCAUCCUGAUCAAGGAUGGAGACCGACAAUACUUGGUCCGAUGCUCCGAAGACGUAUCCGUGCUGCCCACUUAUGACCCAGAGAAGGCUUUGAGAUCACUACCGAGCCCGCUGACCGCAUCCGAUGAACAAUCCUUCUCGCGCACCGGACUCCUCGAAACAGCAAAGUUGACUGCGGGUCUUCACCGACAAGUUUGGGUUAGUGGCAGCAGCAUCUUCGUUGACGUACAUAUCGCCAAUGGCAGUCGCAAGACUAUUAAGAAGCUUGAUUUGAGUUUGGAAAGAGACAUAUUGUGCUACAGACAUGCAGCAGCGGCUACAUUGGAGCAGUCUGCCAGCCAAGCAAGGAUAUUCGAGAGCAAUGAGCGAUCGAUAUUAAGCAAGCAUAGCAUGAAGCAAGGUGCCCACGGGUGGAGUGGUGUGGAAGCAUAUGGAUCUGUCACAAGAACAUGCGAUCUCGAAAUCCCAAGAGGGCACGUUACUGUCAAAUGCGGCAACUACUUCGAGGUACGCUACUUUCUCAACAUCACUGUUGGAGGCUCUCGCACAAAGAUGUUAUCUGUUCAACUGCCCAUAAUCGUCAUCCACAUGAAUUCACUGGACGUCUUACCAAACUCCGUAGCUCAGGUGGCUGCAGCCAUUGAAGAGAAGCGUUCACAUCCUCGCAAUCACAAGCGCACCACAUCUCAAGGCUCUGUCCAGGUUGCUCAGACUUCGGCUUCGCCAGGACGAGCGCCUGUUACUGCUUUGACAAGACCAUCUCGAUUGCCAGGUCGAGCCUUUGCAGCACCAAGACAACAAUCUCUCGAGCGUAUGCGCGCUUCAGCGGCAGACCUUCGACAACUUGGAGAGACUCUAGAGUCUUCACCACGGAAG